GGCCGGUGGAGACGAUGCCGUGUAGUCACGGUUAAGCUUUUUUCGAUGCAUUUUACGUUUCCAGGAAAAUUCUAUCGUUCUGUAAAUUUUGAUCGUCUGUAGUUUUUCAAGUCGCGCGUGGAAUCCGAACGUGCAUGCAUACGCAGUAAUCCAUGUAAGCGUGGCAAAAGAAUGCUCGCGUUGUUAGCGACUCCGUACUGCUAGAGUAGUUUGUUUCAGCCGUUGGUAAUAUCGUGUUUACGGGUUGCAUAUAAUAAAAUAGUGAUUUGUUUGCGGUGUCCUCGCGUGUUGUGAUAGUACACGGGUAUGUAUAAAGUGUAAUUUUGAAAGAAAUUGCUGCUAAAUGGAAGGAAAUACGGAGCAAGCGACCGUGAACGUCGAAGCGGCCGCCAGCAACGAGCAGGAGCACAACGAGGAGGGCGUUGAAGAUUUGGAGGAAUACGCUUUCGAGGGCGAUGAGUACAGGCAUUUUAUACCGAGAGGUCGAGGGGGCUUCAGGGGUCGUGGCCGAGGAAGCUUUGAUUUUCCCAUGAGAGGAGGUCCACCGAGAUUCCGAGGAAGAGGAUUUGGACCCCGUGGCCCAAUGUUUCGUGGAGCCAAUAAUGGGUAUCCGUUCGAGGGACCUCCUCGGCCAAAUUGUCCACCUGGACCAGCUGGACCUCGAUUUCGCGGACCACCGCCGUUCGACCCUAGUUGGGGACCCAUGGGACCACCAAAUUUGAUGAGUCCCCAUAAUCUAAUGGGACCACCUGGAAUGCCUCCGCCACACAUGAUGAAUGGACCCAUGGGUGCAGCUCCGGGACCUUUUGGACCUCCACCUGGAAUGGGACCACCGAACAUGAAUAGCAUUCCAGGCCAACAGCCACCGCAACAACAAUUACAGCAGCAGCAGCAAACAAACAUUCCAGGAUUGGAUCUCAAUGGUGAGGUUUGGGUGGAGACAAAGACUUUAGAUGGCAAGUCGUAUUAUUACAAUAUUCGGACAAGAGAUACGACAUGGAAAAAGCCAGAAGGGCCAAACGUGAAGGUUAUGGUGCAGGAUCAGUUGGAACAACUCGUCCAUGGAGCAGCCAAUCAAACAGCCCGAUCGACUACACCCACCAAUACAAAUAUUCAGCCACAAGUUAACGAAGCAAGGCCACCACAGAGUAAUGAACAACCGCCACCUAAUAACGCCGACAACAUCAAUCAGUUAAGCACUGCGCCACCAGGAACAGGACCGCCGCCGUCGCUCAACGACGUGCCAGAAAUAACAACGCAGUCCGAAGUCAAUCAGACAAACGGCGUUCCAGUGACGUCCACGAGUAAAAUGUUCACAGCUGCACCAGCAGCGGUUACCAACACGACGCCCGUAAAUAGUACAACGAAUUUAAUGCAACCUCCUCCAGCGAUCGUACCGAUGCAACAUAGAAUGCCCAAUCAGUUUGGAGGACCGAUGGCAGCACCUUUUGGUACAGCACCGUUCGGCAUGCCACCACCAGGAUUUCAAGCUUUCGGAACGUAUGGUCCUCCGCAGACUAACUGGGGAAUGCCUCAAAUGCCUCAUGGUGUAAUGACCCCUCAAGCCGUGACCGAAGAUCCUGCCAUCAUGGCACAGAUCGAUGCCGAGAUAAUUGCCUCCGCCAUGGUCUGGACCGAGCAUCGGGCACCGGAUGGUCGUUUAUACUACUACAAUAGCAAAGCUGGAGAGUCAGUUUGGGAAAAACCGCAGGCUCUGAAGGAUCUCGAAAACGCUAAAGCGGCGUUGCGGCAAAAAACGGAGGAGCCACCACCCGCGGCGACUACCAGCCCUUCGGAGGCGGUCAAGCAGGAAGUAGUCAAGCAAGAGAGUAAUCAAGAAACCAAAGAGACCGUGAAGGAGCCCGAGGCUCCAAAGAUGAAGAAGGAAGAGCCAACCCCUAAAGAAGUCGCGAAACCUCAGGACAAAUCGAGGCCAGUUUCGAGCACACCAGUACCGGGAACGCCCUGGUGCGUCGUUUGGACCGGCGACGGUCGGGUAUUCUUUUACAAUCCCUCUUCGCGCAUAUCGGUUUGGGAGCGCCCGGAUGAUCUGGUCGGUCGUCAAGAUGUCGACAAAAUGAUCUCGACGCCCCCGGAUGUCCUUGGAGUCAUGAAGACUGUACGCCAGUCGGAUACCAGCGACAGCAGCGACGAAGAUCAACCUACACCUGCCAAAAAAAGUAAACCGGAAGAAGUAAAAGGUCCAGCUCCAAAAGAAGAGGAAGAGAAGGAGGGAAAGAAGACGAUCGACAUUGGGAAAGAAGCCGCGAUAGAGGCGGAAGUACGCGCAGCCAGAGAGAGGGCUAUUGUUCCACUCGAGACCAGAAUCAAGUCAUUUAGAGACAUGCUCGCCGAAAAGGAUGUUUCAGCAUUUAGCACCUGGGAAAAGGAACUUCACAAGAUAGUUUUCGACCCUCGGUAUCUUCUGCUCACGUCCAAGGAGAGGAAACAGGUUUUCGAAAAAUAUGUAAAGGAAAGGGCCGAGGAAGAACGACGAGAAAAGCGGAACAAGAUGAAGGAACGGAAGGAGCAAUUUCAAAAGCUGCUCGAAGAGGCUAAUCUUCAUGGGAAAUCAUCUUUCAGUGAUUUCGCGCAAAAGCAUGGCAGAGAUGAACGUUUUAAAAAUGUCGAGAAGAUGCGCGAACGUGAAAGCCUCUUCAAUGAAUUUCUACUGGAGGUGCGGAAACGAGAGAAGGAGGAAAAAACGGCUAAACGCGAACAGGUUAAAAAGGAUUUCCUAGCGAUGCUGAAAGAACACAAGGACAUUGACAGGCACUCCCAUUGGAGCGACUGCAAGAAAAAAUUGGAGUCCGACUGGAGGUACAGGCUCGUUGAGUCGGCGAGCGCCCGGGAGGAUUGGUUUAGGGACUACGUGCGCCUCCUCAAGGAGGAGCGCAAGAAGGAGAAGGAAAAGGAAAAGGAGAAGGAAAGGGAGAAAGAAAAGGAGAAGGAAAAGGAGAAGGAAAAGGAGAAGGAAAAGGAGAAGGAUCACCGACACAAGGAGAAGGACCACCACAAGUCGGAGAAGAAGGACCGGGAGAGGAAGGAGGGCGAGAAGUACAAGGAGAAGGCCUCCAAGGACGGCCCGCCGAAGGAGAAGAAGCAGCGGAGGACCGAGCUCGUGGCCGAGGAGAACGGUAAGGAGAAGAGGGAGCCGGUCGAGGACAAGGAGGCCGGCGAGGUGGACGACGUCGACGGAAAGCCCGGCAGGAAGGAGAACGAGGACGAGCCGGAGGACCGAUCCGACUCCGAGGAAGACCGCGAGAAGGACCGCGAGAAGCUGAAGCGGGAGCGCGAGAGGCGAGCCGAGGCCAGCCUCAGAGAGAGGGAGAGGGAGGUGCAGCGAACGCUGGCGACGCACCUGAGGGACCGCGACAAGGAGCGGCAGCACCACCGGCACACCGAGGCCGUCCAGCACUUCAGCGCCCUCCUGGCCGACCUGGUGCGCAACGGCGACCUCGCCUGGCGGGAGGCCAAGCGCCAGCUCCGGAAGGACCACCGCUGGGAGCUGGCCGAGAGCCUCGACCGCGAGGAGAAGGAGCGUCUCUUCAACGAGCACAUCGAGCAGCUCGGCCGCAAGAAGCGCGACAAGUUCCGGGAAGUCCUCGACGAGGUGGGCGCUUCGACCGAGCUCACGGCCUCCUGGAGGGACAUCAAGAAGCUCCUCAAGGAUGACCCUAGAUACGUCAAGUUCUCUUCCAGCGACAGGAAAUGCGAAAAGGAGUUCAAGGAGUACAUCAAGGACAAGCUCGUUGCCGCCAAGGCUGACUUUCGGGAGCUCCUGCAGGAGACGAAACUGAUCACGGACAAGACGUUCAAGAAGGUGCAAGAGAACGGCGCGUGCCUGACGGAGAUCGAGGACAUUUUACGCAAGGACAGGAGAUUCCUCGUCCUCGAGGCUGCGGCGGCGGAACGGACGCGACUCUUGAUGGGCUACCUCGAAGAGCUGGCCCGCCGGGGACCGCCUCCACCUCCGACCGCCUCGGAGCCGUCGCGUAGGCCGACCACGAAUUGAUAGAAGUCUGCAUCUUCCUACGGUGCGCGGCUCGAGUCAUGAAUUCCUAGCUGUAGCUGGACCCGUGAAAUUUACACUCUGAUUAAUAAAUGUAACUUUAGGACAAAAUAAAACUAACGGGAAUGCCCAAUUGCGGCACGUGACAUUGACGCGGGCGAUGCCUUCGGCGAAUAGGAAUUAGAACCGAAGUUACGUUUUGUUUCAUAGAUAUUUUAUUCGAUUCUACGCGUAGGCUCUUUCCUUUAACCAUCCUGCAGCGUUACCUUUCCUAUCGGUCGUAGUUUUUGGGUCGGAUCUGCAUUAAUUCGGCUGCAAUAAAAUAAUAUCGGGGACCUUCUCCGGGAGUAUUUACCGGGGACGAUUAGGACUAGCUCGUCAAUUCAGGGCAUCGCGUUACCUCUCGGCGCUCCGCGACGUUCUCGUCCUCGAAGGCAUUUCCACCGGGAGAUUAAACGUUUUAAGCCGUUCCUUUUUUUUUUUUUAAUCGAAGAAACAGAAAUAUUACUCGUUCCGUAAUGCGUAACAACUCGAAUGCGAAAGAAAUGAUGUGACCAAUGGAUAAGGAUUUUGUAUGUACGAAUUACACGUGAACACUAAUGAA